AUGAAGCAGGUCCACCCGGACACUGGCGUCUCGUCGAAGCCGAUGAGCAUCAUGAACAGCUUCGUAAACGACAUCUUCGAGCGUAUCGCGGCCGAGGCCUCCCGUCUGGCGCACUACAACAAACGCUCAACUAUCACCAGCCGCGAGAUUCAGACCACCGUUCGCCUCCUGCUGCCGGGCGAGCUGGCCAAGCACGCUGUCUCGGAGGGCACCAAAGCCGUCACCAAGUACACCAGCUCCAAAUGA